GAAGAUGUAUUCAGCAACAUGGUAUGUUCUGAACAUUGGAGCUUCUUGCUGUGGCUUGCACAAGUUAGCAUGGUGUAAAUGAUGGUCAUUGAACCUGCUGGCUGGCUGUGGAAGAGGGAGACUGUUUCCAGUCUGUGUUUCAGUUUAUAGGAGAGUUUGUCUAGAAAAACUGACCCAUUCAUUGCAUUUUACCAUAGAGCAAAAUAAAACUGGGAAAUCUAGUGGGCUAGUACUGAGUAUUUAAAAAUACAAUAUUCCUCACAUGCAUAAAAGGCUAAUGUUUAUUCUCUUGGGCUCACUGUUCUGAGGUGUGCUACUCUUGAAUAUACUCACAGCUGGUAUUUUCAGAACUCCUUACAGGCUUCCAGAUGGGUUGUAGGCUGUCAAAUGACACAAAUGGUGUCUUCCUUGAAUACAUGGAGAUGCCCUGAGAAUGCUCUUGGGAGCCGCACUAUCCCGGCUUUAUUGUCAGGGUAACUUUUUCCGUGGCUGUAAUUUCAGUGCAGAGAAGUGACAGCCUCCAUGAUUGUUGUGUGUCUUUCCGUAAGUAAGGCUAGAAUUCCUUUUUCCUGUGUGUUUCCCUUUUCCCUGCCUGUGUUUUACAGUCCCAACUACAAGAAUGACAAUUUAGGUAGAACUGCAGGCAAUAAUGCUGGGGAAAAAAAAAGCAGCAUACCUAGCAGGUCCAGCAAGCUUUUGCCCUAACUUCCGUAGGGCUGCGCCAGUCAGGCUGUGUUUUGGCUUUUUGACUGUCAAGUGCAUCAAUAAGUCGAGGUUUUCUGCCCAAGAAAAUCUCUGGGUGUGCUGCAGCACACCUCUCUGCCUGACACUGAGAAGCUCAAGAGCUACAUGGUCAGAAUAUCAAGAAACGGUCUUGUCAGACCCCUGUAUACAUCAUGGUUGUGGUUUAAAAACCUGCCUAUUUCUUAGUGGUAAAGAGCAGCCUCAUUUGUUAAAGAUCAAGCCUGUAACAUGGGAGUUGAUUUGAUGCCAAAUUUGAGAGCGCAAUGCAUCUGUUGCUGUUAGAUGGUUAAAAGGAAGCCCUCCCCUUUUUUUCUUUUGGAGGCAGACAAUGCUUGCGGUCUCCUAUGGUAGGAUUCAUCUUGGUGCAAACUCUUAGAAACAGUUAUUCUGUUUCUUUGAAGUGUUGGACUUGUGGCCUAUUCUCCCUGGCUGUUUCAGAAUUUCAUUUAUAUGAAUACGUUUCACAGGCAUUGUAAGCUCUAGGUUGCAAGUGAACUGGGAGAGGCAUGUGCCUGUCCUAUUUUCUCUGGUCUAUCUGGGAGACUGUAAGUCUCCCCAUAUAUUGCAAGUGUGACCACAACAGUUAAUGUAGCUCAGUGCCUCAUCAGCAUGUAGUUGAGAUUUGAACAUGGAUUAGAACAAGCUGGCUGAAGUUCAAUCCAGAUAAAAUAUACAUGAUGAUGUGGAUGUAAUUAUCAGCCUUCUUAACUGAAGGAAUGCGUUUGCUAUUAGGUAGAAGUCUUAGUGCCCUACUGUGACUCGAGUUUAUUAAUUGUUGUUGUUAGGAGUAAUAUUGAAACAGUAAAAUCAGUUUUUAAAAUCUUUGACUAGAAGAAUGAGACCUUCUAACCUGAUCAGAGCUCACUAGAAUUUGGUUGGAAGUUGUCUCUGCCCAUCAUCCCCUUGGUUUUAGAUUGUUAUAGCAGUGCCUAGUACAAGUAAUGAAACGUAACUUGGGGAGAGCCUGGGUCAGUUAAGGAAGCACAAACAGCAUGGCUGUGGAUAAGCAGAAAUACCAAAGAGGAAGACUGAUUGUUAAUGGGGUCCUCUGCCGAAAAGUGGUUGAUCCAAUUUAGUAAUUCCUUGGAGCUCGUGAGUCACUUCAAUUACACUGCUUGUGCUGUAUGUCCAAGGGCUGAAGCACUCAGACUGAUAGAGAAGAGUGUAACAGGCGCUGCAGAGGAGAAGCUUAAGAUAUGCUGGCUUCCAUGCUGAAACUCCAUUUAAAAACAAUUUGGAGGCAAAAUGUGAUGCUGAAGGUUUUGCUGGCUUUGGAGCAGUCUCUGUAGGAGUCAGCAGCACUGAUGCUUUGGGAUAUGUAUGUGUUACCUCUUUUUCUCUUUAAUGGAGCUAUGGUAUUGGCAGCAAUCAAUUAAGUCUGAAGUGCCCUAGGACAGGCUAUCAACUCCCUGACCACUGUCAUAGUUUGACAUUAAAAGCUGUUUGAUUUGUGCCUCCCUCAUUAUUCAUUAAGGGACAGCUUUGAGACUAUGGAAUUUGCUCUCCUCAUUGAGAUGGGCUUAGAUUGAUCGUGCUGUGGAAGAAGAAUAUUGAUCUUCUUUAAAAGUUGAAGGUGUAUUUCUUAGAUAAUAGUGGCUAGAUAAAACUGGCAGAGAUCCUGAAAAAGUGAUCUUAAUGCAGUUUGUAGAUUGGAUUGCUUUUAUCAAAUUAUUAAGGUGCCCAGGGUUUGGGAUAAUUGUCUAAAUUAUAGUAUAUAUUUUCAUUUAGAUUUAGAAUAAAUGGUAUAAUGUCACAGUGUGGCUGGAUUUGGACCAAUGAGUGAAUAAGCAGGACAAACACAUUUUCUGCUGUGUUACAGUCUUUUCAGAUGAAUGUAUAGGCAGGCAGAAGCCUCCAAUGAAAAGCUGAAAGUCUCAAUUUACUAAGUCUUUCUUUGUAAGUUUCAUAUGAUUUUAUAUCUGAAGAGGCAUGUAAGCACAUGUGGACUUGUGACUUGUUAGUUCCAUGUAAAACUCAAAUUUAUAACUCUUUAAAGGCUUGUGUUUGUCCACUUGUUUUAUUGCCAAGUUGUUAGUUUGAUCUUCUAAUUGCUGUUAACUAAUGUUGCUUGAUAAAGUUGAGGUCCUCCACAGUUCUAACUAAUUUAAAUUGGUUUGUAAUUGAAUUAGGUUGUGACCCCACAUGGAGCAAGGCAGCUUUUUUUAUUGACUGCUCACUUCCCACACUGUUUUGGCAGAAACACUAAUAGAGUGAACUGCAUCAGGGAAUUUAGCUAAGAGAUUAAGCUUUUUUUUUUUUUUUUCCUUCCUUGCUUUAUUUUUUAGUUUGAUAGUUCCCCCCAACUAUUUAUUCUUCAGCCAUACAAAGUCUUGUGCUGAUGUCAUGGCAGAGAAAUGAAUGAAAAAAAGCAAUUAGUGGCAGAGAUGACUGGCAAGUACAACAUCAGAGUUUCCAUAAACCAGCUGACAUCAAUUAAGUGGAUCAGUUGUCCAUUUGGUUAUAACUGCUUGUGGAGUGCUGAUUUCUGGUAUUAGAGUGCAGGCUCAAAUCUAUCUUGAAUCCCUAGCUCGGUUUGCAAAUCUGGGAACUUGGGAAAAACUUCUUAGUUUUAGAUUUCAUGCAGAAAUAUUUGAGGCAUUAUCUUGCAACACUUCUGAAAAUUUGUUUUGCAUAGACCUAAACUUAACAGUCACUGUAUCUUUUACCAUAGGCUGAUGGAGUGAGUUAGGAAUGGUGAUGAUGUGACUGCAAACUUGGUAAUAACAGCUGUUUGUCUGCUCAAGCAAAAACUUAUCUAGGAGCCUGUAAAGUGUUUUGGGGAUUCAAAAAGCAUCUGCAAUCAGCUUACUUGUGUGAAGUGUUAUAAUGCUGGUGGCAUUGCAUAGUUUUAGGUGUACGUUUUGUAUUUCAAAAUGCACAUGAAUUUUUUUGGAAGUGCUAAAUCAGUGAAAGAAAAAAUGCCCCAAAGAUAUGGACUAUGCUCCCAUCACUGUUUUGUGCUGUCACUAGUUAGUAACUCUAAUAUCAUGAAGUGUAUUGAUAAAGCAUAUGGUUAAGUGUAUGACUCAUAAUCAUUGUAUUGCCUCUCCUACUCUGUCACAUAAUGAAUUUUCUCUGUGUGGUUAAAGGGCACCUGAACUGUGCUGCCGUUGCUAGCAAGUCCAGACCGCUCUGCCAACAGCCUUGUCUUUGAUUACCAGCCAGUUUCCCCAUGUGCUUUAUUGGAAUGGUUAUUCAGUUGCCUUGGAGAUGAUCCUGCUGCUAUAAAUGUAGGGCUGAAGAUUAAUGGUGUGGGCAGUAUGGACCUAAUGAACGGACAGUCAAGUAGUGUUAAUAUUGUGGCUACUGCUUCAGAGAAGAGUAGCAGCUCUGAAUCCUUGAGUGACAAAGGUUCAGCUGAACUGAAGAAGAGCUUUGAUGCAGUGGUAUUUGAUGUUCUGAAGGUUACACCAGAAGAAUAUGCGGGUCAGAUAACAUUAAUGGAUGUUCCUGUAUUUAAAGCAAUUCAACCAGAGGAGCUGGCAAGCUGUGGCUGGAAUAAAAAAGAGAAAUACAGUUCUGCACCGAAUGCUGUUGCUUUCACCAGAAGAUUCAAUCAUGUAAGCUUCUGGGUCGUUAGAGAGAUUCUACAUGCACAGACUUUAAAAAUAAGAGCUGAGGUUUUGAGCCACUAUAUUAAAACUGCAAAGAAACUGUAUGAGCUGAAUAAUCUCCAUGCUCUUAUGGCAGUUGUGUCAGGCCUACAGAGUGCUCCAAUCUUCAGGCUGACUAAAACAUGGGCGUUAUUGAGUCGAAAGGAUAAAGCCACCUUUGAAAAGUUGGAGUAUGUUAUGAGUAAGGAAGAUAAUUACAAAAGGCUUAGAGACUAUAUCAGCAGCUUGAAGAUGACUCCUUGUAUUCCCUAUUUAGGUAUUUAUCUGUCAGACUUGACAUAUAUUGACUCUGCCUACCCAUCAACAGGGAGCAUUCUGGAAAGCGAGCAAAGAACAAAUUUAAUGAACAACAUUCUUCGAAUUAUCUCAGAUUUACAGCAGUCAUGUGAAUAUGAUAUUCCUCUGUUGCCUCAUGUCCAGAAGUAUCUAAACUCAGUUCAGUACAUAGAAGAACUACAAAAGUUUGUAGAAGAUGACAAUUACAAACUUUCAUUAAAGAUAGAACCAGGGACCAGCACCCCCCACUCUGCUGCUUCCAGAGAAGAUUUAGUAGGCUCUGAAGUUGGAGCGUCUCCCCAAAGUGGACGGAAAAAUGUUGCAGCUGAAGGAGCCUUGCUACCACCAACACCCCCUUCGCCUAGGAACCUGAUACCACACGGACACAGGAAAUGUCACAGUUUGGGAUACAAUUUCAUACACAAAAUGAAUACAGCUGAAUUUAAAAGUGCAACAUUCCCCAACGCAGGACCAAGGCACCUACUGGAUGACAGUGUCAUGGAGCCUCAUGUCCCAUCCCGAGGGCAAGCAGAAAGCUCCACCCUUUCUAGUGGAAUUUCAAUAGGUAGCAGUGAUGGUUCUGAACUCAGUGAAGAGACUUCCUGGCCAGCAUUUGAAAGGAACAGGUUGUACCAUUCUCUCGGUCCGGGGACAAGAGUGUCACGAAAUGGCUAUCGAGGCCACAUGAAGGCCAGCAGCUCACUAGAAUCUGAAGAUUUGGCUGUUCAUUUGUAUCCAGGAGCAGUUACUAUUCAAGGUGUUCUCAGGAGGAAGACUUUGUUGAAAGAAGGCAAAAAACCUACAGUAGCAUCUUGGACGAAAUACUGGGUAGCACUGUGUGGAACCCAACUCUUUUACUAUGCUGCAAAAUCUCUGAAGGCUACAGAGAGAAAACAUUUCAAAUCCACACCGAGUAAGAACGUGUCAGUGGUGGGCUGGAUGGUGAUGAUGGCAGAUGAUCCUGAGCAUCCAGAUCUCUUCUUAUUGACUGAUUCUGAGAAGGGAAAUUCAUAUAAAUUUCAAGCUGGAAACAGAACAAAUGCCAUGCUGUGGUUUAAACACCUGAGUGCUGCCUGCCAAAGCAACAGACAACAGGUUCCUGCCAACUUGAUGACCUUUGAAUAAUAGGCUAAUUCAAAACAGAAAAAACCCCAGUUUGAACCAUCUCAUAAUUGAGAAAGAGGUCCUGAUGAAAAAUGUGCCAGCUGUAUUCUGUGCCAGAACAGAGCCUGUCAACUUGAUCUCUGAACUCUGGAGCCCUGAACAGAACCACUAAUGGUUGGGGAGUAGAGUCCCCUAAAUUAAAAAUGGAGUUGCAGCAUGAAUUGCCGUGGACCAUGCUUCGUUAUAUUCUCUGAACUGACCUGUGGAAACCACUGCCUUAAAGAGUGAAAGGAAAAACAACAUGAAACACCAAAUAGUGUGUGUGAAAAUUCUGGCGGUGCUGUGCUUGAGUUAAUAGAUUGUAGCUAGUUUGAGUUUCUUUUAACUUUAUACUAAUUUUGAAAAUAACUCACCUUUUUAGGCAUUCUUAAGAAAACAAGUAAGAGUUGUAUCAAAAGCUAUGUAUAAACUGGGAAAAAGAGGUACUACAUGUUCUAGAGAUGUUUAGACUAUACCAGGAGUUCUUGAUGGGAGCUUGUCCCAGGCACACUUCACCUGGAGCAAUGUUAUUUCUCUCAGACCUACAAGUAUAAGCAAUGUAACAACUGCAAGUUUAAAAUAACAGUAAGCUUGCAAACCUUAGUACUGUAUGGGAGCCAUAUUCUCUACGAGUGGCACAAAGGCUGAGCACUUACACACCAAAAAUUUUUUUGGUACGUUAUUACCUAAUUCCUGGUUAAAAAGAUAGUUCACAUGUUUUGGGUGGUCUCUCUCUGUGUGUGUGUGUGUGUGUGUGUGUGUGUGUGUGUAAGAGACAAAACUGAAAGCACUGUUGGGUCAGAACUGAGUGUUUUCUUCCUGUUUGUUUCUACACCUGUCACUCUCCUACUUACAGAGGCUGAACGACAAAAAAAACCCACCACCUGGGUAUAGCUUGUUGAGACAUUUCUCUGGGUAUCUGUUAAUUAUUAAUUAGGGACCACUGGUAGUGUAUGGUGUUUCAUAAUAUCACUUAGAUCUACAUUUUAAAAAGAUAGAGGCACAAUUUCAAGCUUUCAUGUUCUCAUUUGGCAAUAAUUUAUUUUAGCAUCUGUCUUGGUCAAAUAGUUGACAUUGUGUGGUAUUGAUAACAUGGCCUAAAGCAGACCUUACAUACAGAAGCUCUUUUGAUCUUCAGGCAAGUACAACCUAAGGAGAGUAAAGGUGUGGGACAAUCAGAAUUCCAUCCUUAACAGGAAUAAUUCUUGGUCACUAAAAUUAUAUACAGAGAAAAACAUUAUGGUUGUAAAAAGGGAGCCAUGCUUUAUAUGUGUUUUAUGCGUAAGACUUUGAUUCUUGCUUUAUUUGGGUUUCCUUGACGUCACCUAGAUACAGUUCCCUGGAUGAUUAGUCUUUCUUUCAUCUUCAAAAAUAUGAUCUUUGUAAAGCAAGGGAACAGUGUCCAAAAUAUGACUCCGAUAUCAGAACUUUGAAGUCUGUGAAAAAGUAGUUAACUGUUCCAUUGACGUUGUGCUUUAGUGUCCGUAAAUACGCUUGCAGAUUCCACUGUGAAUACUCCUUUUUAAAAAGAAAUAAGCUACCUACCAGUCUGUGGCAGAGUUCUCUGACUAUCUAAUAAAGGUUUCUACUGGUAGU